ACUUUGUCUUUGAAAGCGUGCAGAGAGUUUCCUUUCUCUCCCCCAGAAGCAUUCCAUUAGACUUAGAAAUUCCCCAAAACAGUCUUCACGAGGAGCCUUUGGUGCUUCAGUUGCCCUCAGAGUGAAAUUGUGUGAGGAAAAGUGAAAAAGAAGAUCAACAAAAAAUAAAUAAUACUUACUCUGUGGUAUGUGAGCAUCAGUCAACAACGAAAAUUCUUCAGGAGACAACGACAACGAGACGAGAAUAUAAUGAGAAUGCGUGAAAGAGAAAUAUUUCUCAAGUGUGGCUGAGGGAAGAGAGAUGUGGGCAGAGAGGAAGAAGAAAAAAUCAGUGAAGAAGCCGGGUGAAAAGAGAAGUGUAUUAAAUGAGAUUAUUGAAAGAAAAACACCUACGUGUAGAAUUCAGGCGAGCAAGAGUGUGUUUUGUGGCUCUUAAUUUAUUCUAUAAAUCGAAAGAACUGAACGAGCAGCGCAAGCGGAGCAUGAAAGAGUGACAAAUACGAAAAAGUGUAGGCACAAUUUCUCAAGUACUUUCUGGUGGUUAACAGUGAUAACAGGUGCAAAAUGAAAGUGACAGUGUCUUUUGGCACUUGCCGUGUGGUGGUGCCCUGUGGCAAUGGGGAUCUCCUUGUGAAGGAUUUAAUCGACGAGGCCAUCCGAAGGUACAAGAAGGCUUCCGGAAAGGAUCCACACUCAUGGGUCGUGGUGCAUCAUUUACAAUCUCAGUCGGGGAUUCUCGAUCCGGAUGACUGUGUGAGCGAUGUAGCGGAUGAUCGGGAGCAAAUUUUGGCUAGCUUCGAUGACUGCCCAGAGCCAAAUGUGCCUCAAGGUGGCGGCGAUGGAGCCAGUGGGAGUUCCGUGGGCACUGGGAGUCCCGAUAUCUUCCGUGGAGUCAAUGGUGGGAACUUGAAGAGGGUGUAUCCAGAAGAGCCCGGUGCCCCCGUCAAUGAACUGGGAAAGUAUGGCGAUAACACAUCUAACAGCAGUCGAACGCACAUCGAAGUAACAGACAGCGUCAGUCCACUUGGUCUGGGUCUUCAAGUUCGCCGAAGCAGCGAUCCAUCCAUUCCUCAGACACUUGCCCAGAGCGAGUGCAAUCAGCGGAGCCCGCUCUGUCAGUGCCCCACACACGAUAAGCAACAACAGGAGUCGAUGAAGAGGUGGUCAGCAGCACCUGUCUGUCGGCGCGAUACAGACUCUCCGGCAGAGAGGAUUCUCGCAAAUGUGGCGAACAAUUCAACUAAUUAUUUAGCUCCACCUGCGACUCAAUGGCCACCAAAUGCGCCAAAUGAAUCAGUGGAAUCGCAGGGCACGAGUCCCGGGACGGCAUUCUCACGGUCUGGGAGAUUAUCAAUGCAAUUCCUAGGUGAAACAGCGCCUGGCUAUCGAUGGAUGGAAGCCGCUGAGAAGGUGGCAGCAAAUAUGAGUCAAUCCAAUGGAACGUCAUUUAGUUCGAAAUCCUUGCCGAGAGAUCUGAAGCGAAAAGAACCUCUUGGUCAAGCUUAUGAGUCCAUGAGAGGCAAGAGAGACACAGAAAUGCUGCUGGUUAUCAAUGAACAAGGUGGAGGACCACUGGGCUUGACCGCAAUUCCUGAUCUUUUGAAUGGGGGUCUCUUGGUGCAGUCCGUGGAGCCCGGCAGCCGUGCUGAGCGUGGUAGACUUCAGAAGGGGGACAGAAUCCUUGAGAUCAAUGGCACAAAGUUGGCCGGUAUGUCUGAGGCGGGUCUUCAGAGUUAUCUGAAAAAGAGUCUCACGUCGUCGGAGCUGAGAUUCAGGGUUUUUACAGCAAAUAGAAGUAUUGCGAAGAGGCAUGAAAUGAAGGAUGUGUGCGAUGGGGAAACUAGGAUCCCUGCGAAAGUCGCUACUGUGUCUCCGAAUAGGAAAGUUGCUGGAGCCCCGGCGACAAACAGUCUUCAGGCGGCGAAUACGAGAAAAUUGGGACGUCGGAUAGAGAUUACAUUGAAGAAGGGUGGCCAUGGAUUGGGAUUCAGUGUGACGACACGAGAUAAUCCCACAGGAGGACACUGUCCUAUCUAUAUAAAGAACAUUCUGCCAAGAGGUGCUGCUAUUGAGAGUGGAAAGCUAAAGCCAGGAGAUCGACUGCUUGAAGUUGAGGGAAUUGCCAUGACAGGAAAGACUCAAUCGGAAGUUGUUAGUAUACUGCGUGCCACACAAUUGGGAGCAACAGUGAAGAUUGUUGUGUCACGUCAGAAUGAUCUGGAUGAAAUUGAUGAGCGUGAGGUGAGAUAUGAGGUGGACAAAGAGAACAAUGAUGGAACUCCUCCGAAGCCUCCACCUCCAGUUUUGCCGCAGAAGCCUCAGAAGUCUCCGUCUGUGAAGAGUCUGGGCCAGUCGGAAGGGAAGAACUCCGUUGGAGGACACAGUACAAAUUCAUCGUCAGCCGAGAGCUCAACUGGGACACUCUCGUGGAGGAAUAGGGAGAUUCUCACGCUUCACAUUCCUGUUCAUGAUAGCGAGAAAGCAGGCUUGGGUGUGAGUGUGAAGGGGAAAACAGGAUCAAGUGGAAAUAGUACGUUGAAUCGUCAGACGGAUGGUGAUUUGGGAAUCUUCGUGAAGAGUGUUCUCCAUGGGGGUGCUGCUUCCCGGGAUGGACGUUUGAAAAUGAACGAUCAACUGCUCAGUGUGAAUGGAGUGUCUCUUCUGGGACAGAGCAAUGCUGAUGCAAUGGAAACCCUGAGGCGUGCGAUGUUGCAUACGGGAGGGAAGUUUCCUGGGGUCAUUACACUGUCAGUGGCGAGAAAGAUCUCACGACCCAGCAGCAUGGGGGAUCUGCUGGAGGCGACAGGAGCUGCGGAGAAGGCUAACGCAACUGUUAUUUACUUGAACUGUGAGCCACAGAACAGUCAGAAGGAGGACAAUGCCAUGGAGAUGUGGAACAAUCCCGUGGUGGAGAGACUCACUGGGGGUGUGGAGAUGAAGCAACAACAGCAACCCAUGGCCUCAUCCUCACCCUAUGCUGUGGCAGGACUGCGAAAUGAGAGCUACUACAUGGCCACCAAAGACACGACAUGGAGCCCUCUAGCCGUCAAUAAUAACCACAUUAACUACAGGAACAACUCUAUUCUGAUCGAAGAGGAUUCAGAGCCCACAUCACCAACAAUCCCGAAUCGUCCUCAGUAUCAGUCGAUGGCCUCUGCAGACUCCAAUGCGACUCUCACGUCAGGUGAUGUCACCUAUUCGAGUCAGCUGUCCCUUGAGCCACCCUCUGGCGAGGCUUUCAGUCGGGAUGCCAUUGGACGCAGGUCGAUUUCUGAGAAGCACCAUGCAGCUCUGGAUGCUAGGGAGACAGGAACAUAUCAGAGGAACAAGAAACUGCGUGAGGAUCGCGAGAGGGAGAGAAAAGCCGCAAUUGCUGCCAGUGGGUCAGUGGAGUCUCUGGGGAAGAUGGGUAGAGAUGCAAUGGCGAAGAGGAAGAAGGGCAGCAACUCCAAUGUGCAUGCGGCUGAGGCGUUGGAUCGUGUGACGGAUCUUGGACCAUCUCUGGGAUUGAAGAAGUCAUCAAGUCUUGAAUCUCUUCAGACGAUGGUCCAUGAAAUUCAGAUGGCUGAUGAGCCACGCGGCCCCAUGGCUCUGCGGACGCCACGUGGGAGGGGCCGAGAGGAAAUACUCAGGGCGGCCGUGGAAAGUCCUCCAGAUGAAGAUGCAACAUCGGCUGAAUCUCGCAAGAAGUGGCUUUUAGACUACGAUGGUCCGGAUAUGCAGGCAAUGGUGAAUCGAAAUAGUCCUCUGCAAUCUUCGAUGAAUAGUGGGAAGCAGAAGAGGAGUGGCAGUGGGAAGAAAUCGAGUCUCCUGAAGGGAAUCGGUCACAUGUUCCGCUUCGGCAAGCACAGGAAGGAUGGAAUUGCGCCAGCGGAGACAAUGAGUGCCCUCAAUGAGCCACAAAGGCAGAUUGGACACAAGCGAGAGGCGCCGGCGAAGCCCUACAACGGAGGAAGACCAAUGGGAGGCCCGCCGGGAUAUCAGCCUCCUCCGGCGCCCGGAUCUGAGGCCCCCACGGUCAGCAAUGAUCACUUCUUCCAGCGCUACCGACCCGGCUUCAAGUACGAUGAUCAGCAGGAACAAAUGAGUUCUCCCUCUUCUGACCAACUAUCUGAAUCUACACUCACACAGAUGAGACAGCAAGUAAUGCACCAAAGAGUUAAAGUUGAAGAGGAAAGUCGAAAUCACCAGCAGUAUCAAUCACAGCGAUCGGUUCGCACAGUGAAUGCGUAUCCGGUAAGGCAGAAUUCGCGCCCCAUCUCGAGCUACUACGAGUACGAGACGCUCCAGUUCCCCACGGACAGUCGAUCGGAGUGUGGCUGGAAGGGCGGAGCGGCGAUUCCAGUGGCGGGAAGAGGCAGGCAGUGGAAUGGUGUGGGCGGAAGCACUCGCAGUCGUGGUCCUUUCGUCACGCAAGUCACCAUUCGGCCGCCUCAUCAGCCCAAAUCACAAAAUUCCCAGCCAUCGUCGAAGGUGUGAAUGAAGAGGAGAAUUUGCCGGUUCGAUUUAGCCAAGGAUCUCGUGAGUUUUUUUUGUGUAGGUGAAGUAGUAAAGUUUUUUUAGAAAAUAGUAAGUGAAAAAAAGUAUGUAUAAUUGAGAAAUGUAAAAAUUAAUUCCAUCAUUGCAUUCCGUCUAAAUUCUUUCUUAUUGGAAAGAUCUGAUUUUUAGAUCCGAAAACAGUAUUUUUCAGUGUUUUGCUGAGAAAAUAGCUGCUGAGAAUAUCAGUUACAAUUGCGGGUACAUGUUUUGAAAUGAAAAUGUGUGCUCACAAUUCUAGCAUAUCGAAUCAACAGUGCUUGAUGAUGCAAAUAUUAAAGUUAUGUAUGCGAAAAGAUUUUACUAGCUGUUAAUAUAGGUAUUUCUAAAAAUAUAUAGUGCUAUAUCCUAUUGUAGGAAUUUGCAUAGCUAUACUUGCAUAUCCAAUUGUUGAUCAAAACAGGAAAUCAAGCAUUUUUCUCAAUAACUAUGUUUAAAAGAAAUUUAUUGUCAGAUGAAUAGCUAAAUAGAUCGAUAUAUUAGUACUUAAAGUAUUUCCAAAUGAGAUUAACAAGAGUUGUAACUAAUUUUGUACUUAAUAAUUGUUCAUUUAUCCCCUGACAAAUAGAUACAUAUAUUUAUAACAUUUGAAUUGCGCUAAAGUGCCUCUGAAGAAAUAUGAAAAAAUGAAUAGAAUUAUAUGAUAUUGUAAAAUCUCACAUUGUAAUUUAUCAUUACUUGUCCAUUGAUGAACACCUUUGCCUUAAGAGUUUUUCUUGUACUGUGAUCGAAAAGAGCUGAGCCGAUGUUUUAUAUCGGGUCUAAUUUACCAGUUUAUGAAUUAACUUCCAAUCAGUAUAUUGAGAACACUAGAGAAAGAGAGGAAUUGUGAAAAGACAUUUAUUUGUAGAACAGAACAGAAUGUAUUUUCAGAAAUAAUUAUAUUUCUAUAUCUAAAGAAA